CACCGAAUCGGUUAUUAUUUUAACCACCCGGUCCUCGGAUGGCUAGACACAAUUGGCCACGCCGUUGUAAUUGAGCAGCCAACCCCGCCUUUGUUUGCGCAUGGUCCCAACCUUGAUUCCGACCCCCGCAAGGAUCUCUCGGCGCAAAUAAGCGCCCGGCCUCAACACCGAAGCCUCAUUGCCCCUUUACACCAUGCCGCCCUCUCCGCCUCGGUCUUGACCGCGGUCGGCAUCGUCACCCAAGCGACGCCGAGUUCACAAGCACGACCGCGGACAGGUCUCCGACGCCGACCUGACGCCCCGUGCUGUUCGCAGCAACGAUUAUCCACCCUACUCCUCUCGACUAACCUGAACCCGAACCGGGCGCCUUUCACGUUCCAUCCGUCUGCGCCGCCGCCGGUCACCUCUUCGGCCUCUAGAGCCUCGACCUCGACGACGAUAUCGCGCAACCAGAGCCAGUCGCAACGGUCAACGAUCCCAGCCAAGCGCACCAUUGACCUGCUGACAUUGGAAAAGCCUAUUCAUAUCGUCCCUGGGAACAACUCGGCUAAAAAGCUGCUUGAACUGCUGCCCCCGGAUGUUCACGGCGUACAUAAGACUUUUGCAAUCUAUCAGUGGACUGGUCACGCCAUGCAUUCCCGGACAGGUGCAAGAGGAGGUAACUGGAUGGAGGACAUGUAG